AUGUUCAGCAAAAGACUCUCACCAGAAACGGCUGAAGCUCCGGCUUCCCCAACGGAAGACAUGAGGGUGAUGCCAGAAGCAACCAACUUGCUGAAUACAACAACAGGGCUCAUGAAGCUACGUUUUUCCAACUCGGAUGCGCUUUACACGAAGCCCCACGACAAGAUGGGUAUAGACGGUGAGAGAAUGGGACCCCUAAUCCACAUGCUCCAACUUCGCUUGGACGCCAUCAAGAGAGGGACAGCCUAUGAGAUGGCUGAGAGAUUCGACAGCAAGUCAGAUCAACUGAAGCGCGAGAUACCAUGGAUGUUUCUCCGUGUGAACCAUUUUGAACCAGAGCCUGCUGCCAAGCAAAUCAUUUCAUUUUAUGAGAUGAAGUCUCGGUUGUUCGGCAAAGACAAGCUCAACAAGGAGAUCGUCAUUGACGACUUGAACGAAUGUGAUAAGCAAAGCCUCCGAUCAGGUUCCCUGCAGCUUUUGAGCUCAGCUAGGGAUAUGCAAAAAAGAAGAAUCCUCUUGUCACUACCAGGCAGACGCAUCUUCCAGGCCAUUGAGAAUGAGUUGCGCGCUCGAUUUUAUCUUGUAAUGAGCGCUGCCAGGCUUCAAGAAGUUCAGAAAGACGGACUUGUUUGCAUCUGCCAUUCCAUCGGACGAUACAGGGAUAGAUUCAAUGGAUUUGGGCAUGCAGACAACUUGCAGCUGUUGGCCUCACUGCCACUUCAGAUUUCUUCAAUGCAGAUGUGCGUCGAUGACUAUGCGCAAUUUGUGGCCUGGAGCUUCACGGCUUCCAAUCACAUGCCACGCGAGCUUGCCCCAAAGGUCAACAUACACAGUGGCUCUGAAAUGGAAUGCUUAUUCGCGCUGUUCAAAUGUGGCAUUCCACGAGGCUGCUUACCUCCAGCAGACGGUAGUGACCAUCCAUGGAUGGAUGCCCACUUGGCUUGGUGCAACAGUCGCGAGAUCUUUGAAGGGUCCCCGAACAAAAUGAAGGUGGAAAAUCAGAGCACCUUUGGUGCUGUUGCAAAAGACCAGCAUUAUACCAAGCCUCGAGAAGACGACGUCCUCUUUGGGACUGACAACAAAGCACAUCCGGGAAACGUAAAGUUCCACAUGCUGAUCGACCAUCUCCAGCAUCAAUAUGAAGCUGCAGAUAGGGAAGGAAAGGUCUUGGUGUCUCUAAGGGCUGUCUUUAGUAUGAAAGGAACAGGCUCACGAUUCUUGGAUUACGACGAUUUCACCCAGCGCUGGCGCGAGAUUCCAGACACGCGGGCAAGAAACAAGGUAACAAAGAUAAUCCGAAACCGUCGCCGAUACAAGAAAUGA